AUGUCUGGCAUGACCCCCGUUUUCACCAAGGAUGCCUGCCCUCCUGCCGGUCCCUACUCCCAAGCCAUCCGUGCCAACGGCCAGCUCUUCAUCUCCGGCCAGAUCCCCGCUGACGCUUCCGGCAACCUCGUCGAGGGCAACAUCGGCGAAAAGACACAGGCCUGCUGCAACAACAUCAAGGCCAUUCUUGACGCUGCCGGGUCCAGCGUCGACAAGAUCGUCAAGGUCAAUGUCUUCCUCACUAAUAUGGCCGACUUUGCCGAGAUGAACGCUACUUAUGAGAAGUUCUUCACCCACAAGCCUGCUCGCAGCUGUGUUGCUGUUGCUCAACUGCCCAAGGGUGUGCCGGUCGAGAUCGAGUGCAUUGCUCUGCAGUAA